AUGAAAAUAAUCCUACAUUUUGGAAUAAAUUUUCAUUUGCUGGUGGACCAACACAACUUCCUAGAUCUGUAUUGCAUAAAUUGGAGAAAUAAUUUAUAUAACCAAAUGGUAAAUCUAUUUUAGAAUUAUCAAAAUAUGAUCAUGAAUAUCAUCAAAUUUUAGAUUAAGCUAUUAAUGAUUUGUAAUCUCUUUUAGAUGUAAAUUUAUAUAAUAUCUAAAUAAAUAAAGAUUCCAAACUAAUACAAAAUUAUCUUUUGUUAAGGUGGAGCAUCACUUUUAUUUGAAGCAAUACCUAUGAAUUUAAUGAAAACAUAACAUAGUUCUAUAUCUUAUACAAAUACAGGAUAUUGGUCUUCAAAAGCUCUAGAAGAAGCUUAAAAAUUCUGUUAAAAUGUUAAUAUUGCUACUAAUAUUGCAGUAAAACUUAUAUUUAAUUGAAGUAAGAUGAAUUUGGUAAAAGAUUUAUUCCUGAACUUGAAUAAUGGAAUAUAAAUAAAGAAGAUUCUUAUCUUCAUUAUUGUGAUAAUGAAACUGUUGAAGGAUUAGAAUAUCAAUUUAUUCCUAAAUUUAGUAGUGUUCCUAUUGUAACAGAUAUGAGUUCCAAUUUCUUAACUAAGUAUAUUAAAUCAACUAAUAAGACCUUUGGAUUGGAGUAAAUUAGACCUAGUUUAUGCACAUGCAUAAAAAAACAUUGGAAUUGCAGGUUCAACCUUAAUGAUUAUCAAACCUGAACUUAUCAAUAAUCAUCAAAAUAUUCCAUAUAUGUGGGAUUUCAAAGAAAUGAUUAAAAAAUAAUCAUUAAUCAGUAAUCUUCCAAUCUUUCCAAUUUAUGUCAAUACAUUGGUUUUUGAUUGGAUCAAAAAAUAAGGAACCUUAGAUUUUUGGGAUUAAUACUGUAAAAAAAGAUCUCAAUAAUUAUAUAAAAUUAUAGAUAAUAGUCAUGGAGUGUAUAUAAAUCAAGUAAAGAAAGAAUAAAGAUCAAGAAUUAAUAUUACAUUUACAUUAAAAGAUGAAAUUGAAACAAAUAAAUUUAUUGAGUUAUGCAAAAAUAAUAACAUUAUUGAAGUGAAAGGACAUAGAGCCAUAGGUGGAUGUAGAAUAUGUUUAUAUUUGCCUAUUCCAUAAAUAGGUAUAGAUAAAUUAUCUUUAAUUAUGGAAGACUUUAUGAAUUGA